AUGGUUCAGAAUCAUACUCCCGUCUACCCAGUUGAAACAUACGACAUCAGCCUUGUGUUUCGUGUUACGUCAUAUGCUGUACUGAUGGAUCUUCACCACAGAAUAGAUGAAGUCAAAAAUUCAGAGGAUCAGUAUCGGGCCUCCCUGCGCUGGGUCUCAGGGAGGACGGAGGCUGUAAUGAAGCACUUGCAGAGCAACAGCGUUAAGCUCUUGCUGUCGAGCGUGAAGCAGGAGGAAGUAGUUAUCUACUACGCAAAGCUGUACGGCGUGUCUGUGGUAGAGUGCUUGUCGCCGGAAGAAAUGGCCCUGAUCAGUGAAAUCACAGGGGUCUCGCCUUAUGCACCUUUCGGUGACAACCUACACGGAGAAAUCACUGAAACCGCAGUGGCAACGUUUUGCCAGCCCUUGCUGCUCGGCUCGAAGAGAUGCGUUCACGUUGGCUUCACCAGCGUCUCGGCCUUUCAGCCCCACUGCCUAAUUCUUUGUGGGCCAGUUGAUGGCGUUAAUAAGCAACAUGCUGCUGCUUUGCAAGGGGCAUUUACAAUGCUGCAGCAGCUGUUCAAAGGAGUUGAUCGGAGGGAGGAAUGCGAAGUGGAAGGUGAAAGCCAGAAUGAAGCCGCUGAUGUUUGCAGCUGGCGUCCUCCAGCUACUCAGAAGCAACUCGAAAAUAUUUCUUGUAGCGGUAAUCAGGUUUCCGAACAGCAACUGAAAACACACAGGGAUGAAACAGAGACGCAGGCUGUAGACCCUGACUUGCAGGGAAGUGAAAAUCCAGCAGGUGCGCAAACAAGCUUGCAGAUACCCUCAAACCCCAUCUCGUGCAUCAAAGAAUUCAGUGUGGUCGCUGAAGGAGGUGGCUCUUCAGGAGACGUACAGGAGCUGCAUGCAGAAGGCGAGCAUCCGGGUGACGUGCGCGAGGGCUGUAAAAGUGAUUUAGUUGUGGACAAUCAAAAGAAUUGCAGCGCUGCUGCAUCAGCAGCGCAUAACGCUGAUGCCGUCGCUGCGCGUGAAUGCCUAGAUGCUGGCAAAGAUCUAGAGAAGGCAAGUUGUGGUAUAGUUCCAUUGAAACAUGAGAAGAGCUGUGUAAGUAUCGCCCAGAAUUAUUCCAGCUCCCUCAUAGAAGCAGGAUCGGUUUUGCCGGUAGGAGGUUACUUUGAAAUCCUGUUGCAUUACUAUAUUCAGUACUAUGCGCAGCAGUUGCAGCAGUCGGAGGUAACCGUCGUAUCUAACGUAGUUGCUGAUGCUUUGCUGAGCAUUCCCAAGUCCUUGUACAGGACAAAAGAACGAAAUGGCUUCACCAAAUUCUACCUCAAAGCCAUAAAUGCACUCAGAAAAAAUCAACCGCUGCCUGUGGACGAGAAAGGCUUAGAGUCGGUGUAUUGCAAAUACCAGUUAGUCGUUUCGGUUCUUCAUUGCGUGACGGAGCUUCUCUCCAUAGAUUUAAUAGUUGGUGUUAAGCGGCCGCUGGAAAAAAUUGAGGAUAAUGACUCAGAAGAUGACUUCUGAAAUCAUUAAUAAAGAAUGUUUUGGGUACGUGUUUUCCUGUGUCUUCUUGUCAAACGGACGUGCCUGCAAAUACCGUGCUAGAGCCUAAGAGAUUCCUGUUUAGGCCCAGAGGCCUAGCGUGCUUCUUUCCCCUUAGAAGAAAAAGACUGACCAGCCAAGAUGCGUGGGAGGCUGGGCUGUGAACGGCGCAAACUUGAAGUUUCAAGCAUGAGAAAGUGUGGCUGAUUUCCACUGCAGAAGAUCCGCAGUGCCUUUUCCAUCCGCAGCCGGAGGAUCCUGUGCGUGCUCUAGCCAAGGGUGAACUUUGCCUCUUUGGGGGGGUGUUGAGCAUUCACGCACCUUAGGUGGGAGCAGUUUUCUUGGCACGUUAAAAAUUGCCCGUAUGAUGUGAGCCACUGAACUUGGGAGUAACUAACAAGGGGGGUUUUUUUAGCCUUCAUAAUAGGCUGGAUUGAAUGUUAUUUUAAAAUACUUUUGUAUAUAUUGCGGUUUUGAAUAUAAUGGAGAGCGAUACAACUGUCGUUAGCCUGUUCAGCGCUGGGGCAGGCGGUGGUAGGCCACUGCAGUAAAUCCCAGCGAAGAAUUUUCCUGUCCGAUAGGAGAUGCAGCGUUUUUAUCUUAGCAUUGAGUUCACUUCAGUCAAACAAGUAAAAUUAGGAACAAUCUCGUAUAGUGACUAGCUGGCCUGGGCUCUGGCAAGUUAGUUUAUGUGACAUGACUUAGCACAACUAUUGACUGUCCUGGGUUGAGUUGGGGCACUACUACAAAAGGCUGUGUCGUCGUGGGAAAAGUUGACACGGGCAAUAACUCAGUUCCAUGUGAAAAACCCGAGACGGUGUUUCAGUUCAGACUUCGAUCGUUCAGGACUUUGUCCUGGGGUGGGUUUUUUUGUUUGCUUAUUUUUUUCUUUUAUUCUUUUUCCCCCCCCAACCAGGUUUUUCACCCUAAUACAAUUUGCUUUAAGCUCAGUAUCGCCCGGAUGUCAAAAUACCUGCUUCUCUGCUGUGUCUUAAAAAUGUCUGCUUUGGUGUGGGAGGUUGUGGGUGACUGAACAGCUGCAGCUGGUAACGGUGUCGCAUUGGGUCGCUGUGUGCUGUUGUCACUGCUGUGUAAUACUUAGAAUAACUGGAUUUAUUUUUUUUUUAAUCUGCUAUUAUGUGAAAUUUAGUGAGGAUAUUUAAAAUCAUAGGCACAAAUCGUAUUUAUCUGCUAUACCCGAGAUGAUUAC